GAGCUCGGGAGUUGUAGUUCCGCCUUAGCCAUGACACGAAAGCCGAAAGCCGGCUGAAUGACCUUGGGCCCAUCAUCAAGAGACGGUGGGAGUUCUAGUUCUGCUUUAGGCACGGAAGCCAGCUGGGUGACUUUGGACCAAUCGCUAGGAAAUGGUGAAUUCUAGGUGCUCUGUAGCCAGGACAGCCGGCUGGGUGACUUUGGGAUCAUCAUCAGGAGACGACCCGCAGCUGAAGGGCAUCAUCACCAAGCUCUUCUGCCGCCACGGCUUCUACCUGCAGGCGCACCCGGACGGCAGCCUGGAGGGCACGCGGGAGGACGGCAGCGGCUUCACGUUUUUCAACCUGAUCCCUGUGGGGCUCCGGGUGGUGGCCAUACAGAGCACGACGUCUGGACAAUACGUCGGCAUGAACGCCGAGGGAUUCCUCUACAGCUCCGCUCACUUCACCGCCGAGUGCCGUUUUAAGGAGUGCGUCUUUGAGAACUACUACGUCACCUACUCCUCCACCUUGUACCGCCAGAGGGAGUCCGGCCGUUCGUGGUACCUGGGCAUCAACAGGGACGGGCAAGUGAUGAAGGGAAACCGAGUCAAGAAGACCAAGGCCUCAGCCCACUUCCUCCCCAAACUGCUGGAAGUGGCUUUGUAUCGUGAGCCUUCCCUGCACAACCUCUUCGAGCAGGCCCUGGCCAAGAAAGCCGAGGAGGGCGACGGGCCACCCCGGAAAGAACCCGCAGCCACGUAGUCCUGACGAUCGGGUGGGGGCUGCCUCUCCUCCUCCACCCCCAUGGCCCCCCUCGUCAGCCCCUCUCAACCGCCACCACCUCCAGAACACCCCUUCACGGGUCCUCAGGAUGGCUCCCCACCUGAUCAGCCUCUGGGAUUCCCAACUUGCAAGGGAUCUGCUGAGGAGGAGAUCUGCUGACGGGGGGCGGGGAGGAUUUUCCAUUCUGGGGCAAAAAGAGACGGAGGGACGAACCACCAGGCUGUCCUGUCUCAAGCUAGGGGGCCACAAUGGGGCCCGGCUCUUUGGGGGACCCUGUCUGUCCCUGCAAGGGGCUGACGCAGCCUUGUCCCUCACCCCGGCAGACCCACCGCGGCUAACCGGCCUCUCCUGGCGCCUGUCCUGACCAUGGCCAGAGUGGAUCCCGUCUUCCGGGCAAAGGAGACCAGGGCUUUAUGGUGCUUCGCUCCCUGGGUCUGGCAACGCAGCUUCCAAAAGCAUCGCCAGAAGCAAAGAACGGAGAAAAGGAAAAGAUAUAUUCACUUUUUCUAAUUCUCCCCCAAAAAAGAAGCCAGGCCAAAGCCUACGACAGAACAAUCUUCUGUUUCUCGGAGGUGGUUUUUUUUUUUUUCCUUUUUCCCCUUGUUUUUUAAAUCCAUGCUCUGUUCAGCCCCGGGUGGGUGACCUUGUCUUCAAUCAAGAGACUGCCAACUUUAUCUACGGUUUCAGGCCUGACCUCGGCCACACUGGAUUUGACAGCCGAACGGAGAGCAGAGAGAAGCAGCAAGGGAGGCUUCCAAUCAGCUCAGGGAGCUGGGGGGGGGGUCCUUUCCUAGCUGGAGACCCCCCCCAGACAGCAGGUCACCUUUCCCCCUUGUCCGCCUGCUGUUCUAACGGUGCAGUUUGAAUCGGGGGCGGGAGGGGGGAAGGAAUUAUUUUUUUUCUUCCCCCCCCCCCGAAGAAAACUCUCCUUGCCAAUCCUGCUGUCCUCUCUGCAAAUUUGACACCGUGCCAAUCAAAGACCUUGGAGUCCAAAAGGGUGACUUUGGGGGGGGGGAGUCAAAAUCGGAGGAGCUGGAUUGCCCCCCCCUUCUUCUUCUACGGGCAGAAAAGUCCAAACUGGGGACCGAAGCUCCUUUUGCCUGCCGGAGACUUGUAGCCGCCCCCUCCCCCCCCGA